GGCAGCAGGACAGGAAACUUAUUGUAUCAGUACACUGGCAAGGAUACCUUUUCUUUUAAAGUCAUGGGGAUGUUAGAUCUGUUCCUCCAGUCCUCCAGCUCUGUCUCCCUGUUGGGGGGUCUGGUGGUCCUGCUACUUGUCUACCUUGUCUCCUCUUUCAACUUUAGGUCCCAGGGGGAGAGGAAGGAACCUCCAGGACCAAAACCCCUUCCUAUACUCGGGAACCUGCUGCUGCUUGACCUCAAGAGACCCUACAACACACUACAGAAGCUUUCCAAGAAAUAUGGAUCAGUGUUCACCUUCUAUAUGGGACCCCAAAAAGUGGUGGUCCUGUCUGGAUACAAGACGGUGAAGGAGGCACUCGUCAAUCAUGCUGAUGAGUUUGGAGACAGACUUCCAAUUCAAAUUGCACUUGACUUAAAUAAAGGACAUGGGAUUUUAUGGUCAAAUGGUGAUUCGUGGAAAGAGAUGAGGCGCUUUGCUUUGACGAACCUGAGAGACUUUGGGAUGGGCAAGAGGGCUUCUGAGGACAAAAUCAUUGAGGAAUGUCAGCACCUCAUUGAAGUGUUUAAGAAAUAUAAAGGAGAAGCUUUUGAUACAACACAACCAGUGAACUACGCAGUCUCAAAUAUCAUCUGCUCCAUUGUGUAUGGCAACAGAUUUGAAUAUGAUGAUCCAGAGUUUACAUCCCUGGUAGAUCGAACAAACAGAAACAUUGAACUUCUGGGCUCCCCGUCAAUGGAGUUGUAUAAGCUGUUCCCAUGGAUCGGUAGAUGGAUUGCUGACAAGCAGGAAAUCGUGAAGUUGGCUACCGCCAACAGGGAGCAGAACUUACAGCUGUUCAGUCGUCUGAAGGAGACCCUCAACCCACAGAUGUGCAGAGGCUUUGUGGACGCAUUUCUAGUCCGAAAGCAAAGUCUGGAGGAAUCUGGGAAUACAAACAGUCAUUUCCACAAUGACAACCUUAUGCAGACGGUUCUCAAUCUCUUUGCUGCUGGCACUGACACAACAGCAACCACACUGAGAUGGGGACUUCUGUUUAUGGUCAAGAAUCCAAAAAUACAAGACCAGGUCCAGGAGGAGCUGAGCAGGGUGAUAGGAAGUCAUCAAGUGCAGGUUGAAGACAGGAAGAACCUGCCCUUCACCGAUGCUGUCAUCCAUGAGACACAGAGACUGGGCAACAUCGCCCCCAUGGCACUUCCCCACAAAACAAGCCAAGACAUCACUUUCCAGGGUCACUUCAUCAAGAAGGGAACCACAGUGAUUCCUCUCUUGACAUCUGUCCUGCAUGAUGAGAGUGAGUGGGAGAGGCCACACAGCUUUCAUCCUGCUCACUUCCUGGACAAAGAUGGGAAGUUUGUCAAGCGAGACGCCUUCAUGCCUUUUUCUGCAGGUCGCAGAGUUUGUCCCGGAGAGAGUCUGGCCAGGAUGGAGCUCUUCAUCUUCUUCACCAGCCUCAUGCAACACUUUCGUUUCACUCCUCCACCUGGAGUCUCAGAGGAUGAACUGGAUCUGACUCCACGCAUGGGCCUCACCCGCAACCCUUCACCCCAUAAACUGUGUGUUGUUCCCUGCAUGUGAGCAGCUGCCUGCUUGGCCCACUUUCAUUACUUCAACUCUGUUGCAAUCAAGAGAGCAGAUUCUAAUUUGUACAGCGUUAUUUCCCGUGUAGUGCAACAGCAUUGAAUAUGUCCGACAUCAAUUAUGUAAUGAGCACAUUGUCAUUCAUCAGACAAAGUACAUGGUUCUCUCUACAUCCAUCCUGCCAUUUCAAAAUAUUGGUAAAAUGCUGAGCCAUAAAAAUAAUUUGGCUCGACACCAGAUUGACAUUCAAGAUUAAUAUUCAACAAUCGAGCCAAAGAUCAACUAAACAGAAUUAAAGGCUGUCUUUUUGAAACUGUCAAGAUACUGUCAGCCUUCUCAGAACUGUGUGCUGAACAUGAGGAGGUGGAGGGCUUGAAGAUUUAAAAAAGUACUUUAAAAGUACUGGAACACCAGUGAUGUAAUUCAGAAAACGUAUGUUGAAUUGCUGUAGAAUCGCUCAUGUUACACCAAUGGAAACUCUUUAUUGGCUGCUUCAUGUGUCCGCCUGCAGAGAACAAUCAUCUUGAAACUAUUACAAAAAUGUAACUUGAGAUGCAAAAUAAUAAAC